UCAAAACACAUACAAAUGUCCUUAAAUGUAAUUGUUUGGCCAGUUUUCCUUCUUAAAUAAUGUUCAGCAUCCACCCAAAAUAUUCUACAUACAUUUAGAAAACAAUGUUUAUUCUUCUAAUUCACAGAAAGUAUAUUCCAUAUCAAGCUAAAUAAGGGAGUUGUUAGCUUAUCCUGACAGAUGUACGCAUGUGCAAGCUCUGAGCAGGAAAUUCCAAGGGGGGUGUACUAUCUUGUUUUUUGAUUGUACUCUUUGGUAGCUGCCAGCCAGCCCUCUCAUGUUCACACUGGUAUACUACACAGUGAAGCUUCACAUAAACACAGAGAGUCUCACAAUGCUCAGCUGGCUGGACCCAUAACUUCGUGUCAAUUCCAGCUUUUGUUUUUUUGUUUGUUAUUAUGCUGCAUUUUACUUCCUGAAUGUCAUUCAACCACCACGGCCAAACAAUGAGAGGCAUCCUUAAGAGAAAGUUUGCAGAGAUAGAUGACAACCCCUGCUACUCCUCCUCCUCCUCCUCUUCUCCGUCCUCCCUCUCCUCCCCCGCCUCCUCAGAGUGGGAGUCGGACGGGGAGAGCGGCCCCUCCGACAGCCCGGAUUUCACACCUCACGAUCCUCCUUCACCCACCAGUUUACCCAUUCGGUCCAUCCUGAAGAGGCCCAGGCUCGCAGGAGCACAGAGCAGCGUGCGCUUUGACCAAGUGACGGUGUUCAGUUUCCCUCGCUGCCAGGGCUUCACCAGUGUGCCCAGUCGCGGAGGUGCCACCCUGGGCAUGAUGCAGAGGCACAGCGCCCUCCAAAGAUACACAGUGGCAGAGCACGCACUGGAGCGGCGGCACGGACGCAGAGAGAGGCUCCGAGAGAGACGGAGGAAAGAGAGGUUGGAGUCGCUGAAACACAAAUUGAUCACCAGCGGGGCCGUUGACCAGAGAGAGGCAGACAGGCUCACGGUGGAUCACAUCCCGGAUGAAGACGCCGACGUCCACAUCAGCGAUGCUGAGCUGGAAGACGGAGGUUUCCUUCAACCGUACUCCUCCAAACAGCGGCAGGCUCUCCUCCAGGCGGCGGGGGUGAAGCGUGUCGACAGGGAGGAGAAGAGGCAGCUUCACGCCCUGCGUGUCUCCAGAGAGGACUGUGGAUGUGACUGCCAAGGCUUCUGUGAGCCGGAGACCUGCGCAUGCAGUCUGGCAGGAAUCAAGUGCCAGGUGGACCGCCUCAACUUCCCAUGUGGCUGCACUAAGGACGGCUGUGGAAACACUCAGGGCCGCGUCGAGUUCAACUCCACACGCGUGCAGACUCAUUACAUCCACACCGUCAUGAAACUCGAACUGGAGAGGCGACUGCAAGGUGAAACCCUGAGCCAAGAGGACCAGACAGGGCUUCCAGAAGACCUCCAAGAGUACGCGGACCGGGAUGAGGCCGAUCCAGUGCAGCAGAGUGUGCAGGACAAGAGCUGCCCCUUCGGGUUCACCAUGGAGGAGGACGGUCUUCCUCUCACCAUGCCCGCCACGCCUUCCUUUCAUUUCACCCCGGACCGGAUAGUGGUGGAGGAGAACAGCUGCAGCAGCGACAUGACCGAGUCCUCUUGCUCCUCCUCUGACUCUGAUGCGGGGGGAUGCCUUAACGGGAGUCAGAAUCUCCUCCCUGAUGUCGACGGAGAGUUGUCCCGUGCCCUCAGCAUCUGCGACUCUGAAAACGAUAACUACUCGAGGCACAUAGGAGAACCACUGACGCAGCACAGCAGCAACUCUGCCACUUACAGCACACCUACUGACAGUACAGGACCACUUCCAGCCAACGCAUUCACAGACAACAUAAGCAGGACCUCGCUGACGGAUUACCUCGACGAGAAUGCAAACCAAGCCAGAGACUUCUUCGACAGCGACUCUCUCGAGGGCUUCCCCAGCACCCCCUCGCCCACCAUGGACUAUUUCUCAGGCAGGUACAUAGACCUGAGCCUGUCGUCUGACACCGACAUCGAGUUCUUCGACAGCGACUACUCCUCCGGACCUCUGCACAGCUCUUUCAAAGUACACAGACAGCCAGACAGCUUGUGCCACCUCCAGCUGUUCAGCUCUGUCAGUUUGCCACAGUACGAGUCGAGCACCUACCUCCUGGAGUCUCUGAUCGGCCUGGCUGAGCCGAGCCCAGAGCCGGGUCGUGCAGUCAGCGAUGCCCAGCUUUUAUAGCUCAUUCAAGGCAUUCUAGUGACGUAUCAAGAGAAUUAAAUGUAUAAAGCACUGCUUUUAUGUAUUUGUAAGAAUAUUUCAAUGUACAAAGAAUGAUUUUUUAAAUAUUUUUUCCUAGCUGGAUAUUUUUUCUAUUGCUUAAAAAUAAUUUUGCCUUUAUGUCAAAGAAGAGACACUUGAGUAAUUAAUAUAUGACUUGUUUUUUAAUUUUUUAUUUCCUGAACCUAUAUAAUGAUCUCUCAGACAUGUUAUUUAAUUUCUUAUACCACGGCCACAAAGAAUAUUUAGACUCAGCUCUGAUGCUGCAGAAUCAUUGUUGUUUUAAGUAAUAUUUAUUACAAUGAUCACAAAGGUUGAGGCAAUAAAGAGUUCCCAUUUAAAAAAAGUAUCGCCCCAGGAAUCCACAAAAGUAUGCAUAUUUUGCAGGUAGCUGGCCGUGGUAUGAGCAGGAUAAUCCACUUUGAAGCAUGCAGUAAUGAAAGAAAUAGAUUUGUGAAUUAUUUUCUACUGCCUGGUUGAUCGUGGAUUAUCCCAUAUAUUGUUAAACAAUAUGUUUAAAAUAUUUCUGUAUUGGAGUAAUAUAAUAAACUUGUUUUUAAUUUA